CUGGUUCGAGCGAGACAAGAGCUCCAGACUCUGUAGAAGAUUCCAUCUAUUGUUGAAGAACUUCUCAAGAAUGGCUCCCAAAUUUGCUUCCAACAGGCAUUUCCUGCUCUGCCCCAUGUGCAAGAAGACACAGGCAAGCCUCUCGGUGCAUCUGACUAGGGUGUGCAUGAAGAGGUCGUCGAAAGAGCACGUCCGUGAAGUAGUGGAGAAGGAGAAGCAGGAUUCGCUUGAAGUUCUGCAAUGGGGCAGGGUGUUCAGCUACAGGCACCUGCGAGAGAUUCUGGAUGAUGCUAAUCCAUCUAGCAGGAUGAUCCAGGAGCUGGAGUGUCGACACAUGGUGGUGACUGAGACUCCCUCCCCAGCAGUGGUGGCGCAGACCAGCAGUGUUCCUCUGGUGGCUGGUACAGUCACAACCGUGCAGCGACCGGAGAGCUCUGAGAGUGAGCAUUCGGAAGACAUUGUCAGUGUCAGCGGCGGCGAGACCUUUCAAGCCAUCCGGGAGGUGCAGUGGUCACAGACCUCCAGGCACAUGAUGCGGGAGAAGGGACUGUACAGGAAACAUUCUCUGGACCAUCCCCUCCUGAAGGGCUUUGCUACAUACUUGGAGAAGGAUCUCCUGAAUGAAAAUUUUAAGCAGGAGGUGGAAAAUGUCAGCAGGUUCAUGUUUUAUAUGAACCCUCUGAAGCCUUCCCUGGAAUUUGUCAGGGAGACAGAGAAGGCCAGGCUCUUCUUUCGGGAGCUGAGUGAGGCCGGGCUGUCCGGGCAGACCCAGGCGACCUACCUGAAGAGCCUGAAGAGAUUCCUGAAGUACCACACUGUCGUCACCGACCUCCGGCAGGACAACAGAGGACUGUGGAACGACGCCAAGUUCUUCAUGGAGGACCUGAGCUCACUACAGCAGAGCUGUGCUAAGCUGGUGAUUAAGGAGAUCAUCCAGAGGAGGUGAGUUCAAUCGUUAUAACCUUAUUUCAUUUGAUAUCGUGAUUUGCUUAUAAAUUCUGCCCAUAGUCUCCUCUGCCAUAUUUAACUCACUCUUGGGAUUUUUAUUUUCCCCAUUGCUCAUGGGCCACACCUCCUGGAGACCCAGGCUAAGCAAGAUGUCCUGCCUAACCUGCUGCCUGUGACGGCCCUGCUACCCUCCUGCCUGCAGAAGUGGCACAAUUUGCCCGCCUGCCGUGUUACUCGAAAUUUAAAAUGUGGGCUGUAUAAAUCAGGAUUGAGAAUAAU